AUGGGAAUGGAUACAGGGAACAAGAAGAGAGUUGGCGUUAUUGCCUUAGACCAAGAUGGCUCUGAAACAUUUUAUUCUUUCAAGUAUCAAAUCAAGGAGGGCAACUGCUCUGUUCAGAGUGGCCUCGACUGGCAGGACUGUGACUUCAAGAACGCCGAGGAAGCCGUGGUGGCUGGCCUGAAUUUUGAAAUUACCUACUCAAUUGUGCAAACAAAUUGUUCAAAGGAGCGUUUCUCUUUCCUCCGUGGAGACUGCGUGUCCCUUCCCAAGGGUGAUGGUGGUGAAUGUAGAGGUAAUGCCUUCGUGGAUAUGGAGAACACAAUUGCCGACUUCUCGCAGACCUGUAACGUUAAAACAGGAGAGAAAGAACCACUUCCCAAGAAUUGCCCUGGCUGCCCCAGGGACAUACCUGUAGACAGCCCGGAGCUGAAGGAGGCACUUGAUCAUUCCAUUGUAAAGCUUAAUGCAGAGAAUAACCAUACUUUCUAUUUCAAGAUUGACACUGUGAAAAAAGCAACAUCACAGGUGGUAGCUGGAACGAAAUAUGUUAUUGAGUUCAUAGCCAGAGAAACCAAAUGUUCCAAGGAAAGUAACACAGAGCUGACAGAAGAUUGUGAGAUCAAACACCUUGGUACUACAAUGAUGAGGAGGCCUCCAGGCUUUUCACCUUUCCGGUCAGUAAGCGUACAAGAAUUCAAAGUAGGAACAACUGACUCAUAUUUCAUUGAAGGUGUGGUAGCUACCACACCACCAUAUGACACUGAGAUCCACGAUGAUUUGAUCCCUGAUAUCCACGUACAACCAGAUAGCCUUUCAUUUAAGCUGAUAUCUGAUUUUCCAGAAGCGACUUCCCACAAAUGUCCUGGGCGCCCAUGGAGGCCUGCUAGUUGGAAGGAUCCAAACACAGAU